AUGGAGGUCACUGCUUUCGUUGCACCUGUGACCAGUGUUAGCAGCACUGGCCCAGUGAACCAGAUUCCAGCACAUGCAGGAGCACCAGCCAGCGGCUUCGGACUGAAGGCAACUGUGGCCAUGGGUGCCGUGGCCCUCGCUGCCGGUGUCAAGCGAACUGCACGACGUGCACAGGAGAUGGCAACGCUGCCAAAGCACAUGCAGCCCGUGGCAACCCGCGCGGACUAUCCAGUGUAUGCACCUGGGCCAUCUGGUGUCCCGAACUACCCGGAGUUUGUGGGCGACUGGGCCAUCCCAGUGCCAGGAAGUUAUAAGGCCUGCUUGACCAUGACCGGACCGGAUGUGGAGACAGGUAGCGAGAUGGGCAAGCCUUGGGAUCCCCUUGGCUUCAGCAAGCUCUACGAUCGCAACUUUGACUUCAACGGCAACAUGACUUGGCCACACGUGCAGUGGCUCCGAGAAGCCGAGCUGAAGCACGGCCGCUGUGCCAUGCUGGCAGUUGUCGGCAUCUUUGCCCAGGGUUCUUUCCACAUUGAUGGAUACCCAGAGGCACCUUGGACCGAGGCCCUGCAGAAGUGCUAUGACAAUCCUCAGGGCAUUGUGGGCUUCGGCAUUGCUCAGAUCUCUGCGUUUGCCAUGGUCAUUGAGGGCAAGUUCUUCCCCAACGAUGCCUGGAUUGGCCAGAUGGACCGUGAGCCCGGAGACCUUGGCUUCGAUCCUUUGAAGCUUGCCAAGGAUGGUGAGAGCAUGAAGAGCAUGCAGCUCAAGGAGUUGAAGAACGGCCGACUCGCAAUGAUGGCCUUCAUGUCUUGCGUGGUGGGCCACUACUUGCCUGGAAGCGUCCCGGGAGUCUCCGCUUUGCCGCGUGAGUCUGCCCCAGCCCAGGCCCCUGCUUUCUGCGGUGCCACUCCUGCCAGCUCUUCCGAGACUGGAGUUUCCAAGACCGCGGCACGAUACACCACUCAGACCAUCCUGCCAUCUUUGGCUUGGAUCAAGACCGGAGUGAAGGCCUCCGAGCUGCAGCCAACUGAGCUGCGAGCUUUGACCCUUGCAGGCAACGAUGUCCUGAUUGGCAAGACCGAGGCUGGUGCACUCUUUUGCGUUGGCAACUUGUGCCCUCACAUUGGCACACCCAUGAGUGAGGGUGCGGACGUGAUUGGUGACGUGAUUGUGUGCCCUCUGCACGGCUCUUCCUUCAAGGUGACCAACGGUGAACUUAUUGACUGGUGUGUCUCUCCACCUAUCAUUGGCCCUCUCACUGGUCUGAUUGUUGAGAAGAAGAACCUCUUGGUCUUCGAGGCCCGACAGGGUGGCUUCUUGGGUUCUGGAGAGGUUGAGGUGCUUGUGGACGUCAACGCCAAGAAGGCCUAUGAAGCAAACUACUGGAAGGGCUUGUUGGAUGCCCAGGGCAAGGACGAUGGCACCUACUACUAAGCAGCAAUGAAAGAAAGGAGCAGGCUAGUUCAAUGUGCAAAGAGAGCCAGGCGCUGUUGACUUUUUGUCUCUCCUAGCAUAUCUUGCUGGCGCCGAGC